AUGUAUGGUUUAUUGUUAGAAGGAUUACGUAAUUUUAUUAUUACUAAAUGGUCUACAGAAUUAUGGAUUGAAAUAUGUAAUCAAGCUAAUUCGCCUGAGAUUCAAUUUGAAACACGUAAAGUUUAUGAUGAAGCAUUAUUACCGAAUUUAUUUCAAACUAGUUCAAAAUUAUUAGAUAUACCUGAAGAUGAAAUUAAAUUUGGUAUGGGUAUAUCAUUUGUUGAAUAUGUUGGUGGUAAAGGUUAUCAAGGUAUAUUACGUGUACUUGGUAGAGAAUUACGUGAUUUUUUAAAUGGUUUAGAUAAUCUUCAUGAAUUUCUAAGAUCAAGUUAUCCAAAAAUUCGUCCACCAUCAUUUUUUUGUGUAAAUGAAAGUAGAACAGGUAUUACAUUACAAUAUCGUUCACAUCGUAUUGGAUUUGUACCAUUUUUUUGUGGAUGGAUGACUGAAUUAUCAAGAGUUUUAUAUUCAAAAGAAAUGAAAGUUGAAUUAAAGAACGUGUUUUUUACUUCACAACCAUUUUUAUUAGAGUUAAGUGGUCAGUCUAAACAAUAUCGAUUAUCGUGUGUAAUUGUAUAA